CCUUCAGAUAAAUUCUAUAUAUUUAUUAAUUCACAAUGGUUGUCAAAGUCGGUAUUAACGGUUUCGGUCGUAUUGGUCGUAUUGUCCUCCGUGCCUCCAUGGACAACAAGAAUGUCCAAGUCACUGCCAUCAACGAUCCUUUCAUCCCUCUUGAAUACAUGGUCUACAUGUUGAAGUACGAUACCGUCCACGGUCGUUUCCCCGGUUCCGUUGAAGUCAAGAACGGUAAGCUCGUUGUCAACGGUAACGAAAUCUCCGUCCACACCGAACGUGAUCCCUCCAACAUUCCUUGGGCCAAGGAUGGUGCUGACUACGUUGUUGAAUCCACUGGUGUCUUCACCAAGAUCGAAGGUGCCUCUGCUCACUUGAAGGGUGGUGCCAAGAAGGUCAUCAUCUCUGCUCCCUCUGCUGAUGCCCCUAUGUUCGUCUGUGGUGUCAACUUGGAUGCCUACAAGUCUGAAUACCAAAUCAUCUCCAACGCCUCUUGUACCACCAACUGUUUGGCCCCUCUUGCCAAGGUUAUCAACGAUAACUUUGGUAUCAAGGAAGGUUUGAUGACCACUGUCCACGCUACCACUGCUACCCAAAAGACUGUUGACGGUCCCUCUCAAAAGGACUGGCGUGGUGGUCGUGCCGCUGCCGGUAACAUCAUCCCCUCUUCCACUGGUGCUGCCAAGGCUGUCGGUAAGGUCAUUCCUUCUCUCAACGGUAAGCUCACUGGUAUGGCUUUCCGUGUCCCUACUCUCGAUGUCUCCGUUGUUGAUCUUACUGUCAACCUCGAAAAGGAAACCACCUACGAAGAAAUCAAGGCUGCCGUCAAGAAGGCCUCUGAAAACGAAAUGAAGGGUGUCCUCGGUUACACUGAAGAUGCUGUCGUCUCCUCUGACUUCUACGGUGAAAAGUGCUCUUCCGUCUUCGAUGCUGCUGCCGGUAUCCAACUCACCCCCACCUUCGUCAAGCUCGUCUCUUGGUACGAUAACGAAUACGGUUACUCCAACCGUGUCGUCGAUCUCCUUGUCCACGCUGCCAAGGUUGAUGGUGCUCUUUAAAUAACUUGAACCUCAUUUAAAUCAUCAUUUUCUUUAAUCCUCUGUGCAUAUAAUUAAAUUCAUCCAAUAUAUAUAUGUAUAUAUAUAAAUAAAGCUUCAUAUCAAUAAAAAAAAGAGAGCAGAAUCCUUUCUUCUGUUCUUUUUUUUGUUUCAAUCUGUAA